UCCGCGGACGGUUUGGCCUGCGGCUCCGUGGGGCGACUUGACGUGGACUUGGGGCGCCACGAUGUCACCACACGCCGCAUCGUGAAACGCCGCACCCCGAAGGCGACCCCGGUAAGGGUGGAGAUGCCACGCACACCCGAGGAGAACAAGCCGCCAUCACGCAGCCCCGCAGCCCAGCGGCCGACAUGCAUUGCACACAUUCCACGUUUGCCCAACUCGGCUUCCUGUUUCUCGUCUUACGACAGCGAGGACUAAUCAGUGCGCUCGCCUCUUCAGUGGUCAUUGUCGUCUCCGCCGCCAUCACGAUGACAGAUUUGUAUGAAAACGUCGGAUUCCACCAGAAGCCCGAGGGAAAGUACAGCGCCGCCGCAGCUCACUGUGAUGCCUCCGACCUGCACAGCGACUACAGAAGUGACCCGAGGGACAGGACUGAGGACAGGAGCGAGCGGUCAGCUGUGUCAGCGACAACGAGACAAGAGCGAGGCUGUGCAGGUUCCUGCCCGAAGUCAACUGUGCUGCUCUACGUGCUGACGUCACUCAGCGUCCUCCUGUGGACCAUCCUGCUCGCCAUCUUCUGUGUCCAAGAUUCCUACACCUCAUCCGCCAUAUCUCUGAUGCAGGAGGACAUCGCAAAACUGAAGUCAGCAGACUUCCAGGCUGCCCUGAAUAGCAGCGCAAUAAUAGACAGCAUUUCUUCAGAGAAAAGAGCAAACUCGCUGAGCUUCAGACAAAUCAGAGAGAAAGUCGAGGUCCUGAAUGCAGCAGCCUCCAGACGGGUGUACUUCUUCACCCUGUACACGGGCACCCUGACCGGGAAGGUGGACCCCAUCAAGUUCAACCAGGUGCUCCUAAACAUCGGUGGCGCUUACAGCAGCAGCUCCGGCAGGUUCACGUGUGCCUACUCUGGAGUCCAUCAGUUCUUCUUCUCUGCCAACAGCCAGCAAAAGGUGCCAACUGAGCUCUGCCUGAUGGUCAACUCCUGGUGCAAAGUGAUGAGUAAAGCAGACCCAGACAAAAAUAGCACUGGUAACAUGGGCAUGGCGCUGCUGGAACUCCAAAAAGGGAACACCGUGUGGGUGAGCCAGGUGACAGGGGGCAGCUGGGCCAAUGCCACCUUUGGGGGUAUGCUGCUGUGAAGGCGCAGCAGCUUAAGAGAGGCUUGUGGCACCAGGAGAGUGCCAAGGUGGCGGGUGAUGUCAGACUGCCCUGGAGCACGCCAUCUCUUGAUGUUCUCACUUCUUUCAGACCUCAGGGAAGCCAGGCUUGUUGCCAUGAUGCCAGAUACAGUUCCUUUGGCAUUCAGGACGGUGCCACCCACCCUGGAGAAAGUGCUGGCAUGGAGCAAAGGUCAAGCCUGCCCAGACAUGGUGCCCACCUUCCUCACUGGUAGGCACCAUGUGGCCCAUCACAUGAUACCCACCUGCCUGCCCGCCCGCCCGCCUAUCUGCUGUUUGGUGAUUCUGCUCAUUAGUUUUCUUUUUUAAUUAAAAUGGCAUUCGGUCCUCAUCUCCAGAAAGUCAAUAAAACAGACAUGUGGGCAGCGGCUGGGCUUUGUGGACAGGAGUGCCAGUGUGCCCGCCAAGGCGGCUGAACAUACCUUUGAACUCCGCGGCCUCAGAGCUUGGCAUGAGUUGUUGGUAUUUAAUGUGGCCCACGUCUGGCCUUGGGCUCUCCAGUGCGUACACGACGGGCCGAUGGUGGCGACUCAAUCCAUACCCAGAAUGCCCAGGUGCACACUGUAUAGCGCCUUUCUUAUCGUGCUUUGGCUCGGCUUUCUCAUUGUGUAUGUCGCUGGCCACGGUGCCCACUUUGACAUCAAUAAAACCCUGGCUGAGCCGAGUGGUCAAACAUCCAA